UAUCAUGUUUGUGGAUUGAUAUAAUUAGUGCAAAACUGCAAGCUGUGACUGCAAGUUUUUUCAUUUUUUUUUCAAGUAGUUUUGAAAGGAGCCCAAUCUAUUUCAGGAAAAUGUUGCAAUCUAUGAUUAAAGAUGCCGUAAAGGAAUAUUUACAAGAAGCUUUGCAAGAUCAAGGUACUCAAGGUAGUUCUUCUAGUAACCAGGCUUCCAAGAGUACUCCACCUGCAAAUGCAAAAGGGAGCAAUAAACAGAAUACUUCCAAAAGUACUGGAAAAGCAAACGCAAAACCAAACACGCCUAAACCAAAUCCACAAAAGGCUUCAACUUCUAAGGAAAACCAGAAUAAUCCUGUUGCACAGGUAACAAAGAAAACGGCAAACCUAAAAAUUAGCAAUAACCCGCAGCAAAACAGUAAUAAAAAUGGACCAGCAAAGAAAAAUAAAACAAACCCACCACAGACUGCACAAACAAAAGAAAAAACUCAUACUGAAGGCACAAAAGUUAUAAAAACAGUAAAACAAGUGAAGACUGUUGUUCAGACUGAGAUAAUAAGCCCAGCCCAAACUAUACAAGUUACUUCAACUAAUCUUAAUGUUAAAAAGGAAAAGCCUCAAAAACCUUCUAAUGUGCCUCAAGACCCCGAUAAGAAAGCAAAAGUUAACAAGAAGAAACCACAAAAUCAGAAAAACAGUGGGGACGUAGAAAAGAAAAAAGAAAAGCAGAAUUGUGCAGAUCUGAAUAGGCCAGGGAAAACAUGGAUGUAUUUAGGAAACAUGAAAUCAGGGACCACGGAUUUUGAGAUAAAAUCUUAUUUAGACUUGAAAUUUCCUGGUCACAGUUUUGAGGUUGAACAAUUAGGUAGAUGGAAAGAUGCUAAGACUGAGUCGUUUAAAGUGGAAGCUGACAAUGAUAUAUUAGAAGAGUUUAAAAACCCCACUAAUUGGCAUAGUGCAGUGAAAGUAACAAAGUUCAUUUUUUUUAAGAACAAAGCUUGAUACUGGUGACAAAUAAAAUUAUUAUAAAUGUCUAUAACAUAUGAUCAAAAAAAAAGCGUUGAGUUACCAUACAAAUGUAUGUCAAUCAUUCAAUGAUGAUUGAUUACAUUUUGUAGAGUGGAUGCCAUCAAUCAUUCCAAGGUAAUUUGAUGCUUUUUUUCAGUGUCUUUAUGGUCGGUUUAUUGUUGGGAAAAGUGCUGGAUUUUUUGACUGAUACAGUUCUAGGAAAUAUAAUAGGUAUUUUUUGUAAAUGCUACUGGGGUGGUGUCUAAAUAGAAACCAGCAUCUCAGUGCUCUUCUAUUUGUAAACAAAUUCACCUAACCAAACUUAAUAUCAUCUUCAGAAGAAACAUUUAUUUGAAAUCGAACUUUUCUGAGAACACUUUAAUUAUUCAUCACAGAUAUUUCUGUCUGUGUCAAAAUACCCAGUCUUUUAACCAGACACAGUUCAAAUUGUUAUAGAAUAAUAUACAUUAUAUUUUAUAAACUA